AUGGAGAAAGUUCCGUGCAAUGUGAUAUAUGUCGACCGGUCGGUGUUGCAGGACCGGAACAUCGAAGCCGGCCGUCGACAUACUCCUGGGGAUGCGACACGAGGGGAAUCGGCGCGUGUCGCCGAGAAUAUUCAACUCCUCCUUGAUGUGUUUGACGAAGUUUACCUCUGUAGUUCCGGCGGCGCAUGCUUGACUCAAUGGCUAAGCCUGCAGGAAACCACGAUGGCGACUCUCAAACCGACCGUUUUUAUCCUUGACACUCCGUACCGUGACGAUAUCCCCGAACGAACCCGCUCGAGAUCUCCCUCUCCAUCCUCAGUGACCACCGCCGACGACAGUGAAACCCAGGAGGAGGAACUGUACGGCCUGUCGUUGCUGCGAAGAAUCAUGUCUGAGUCAUACGUGCGAAAUGUAUCGAAGCUGGUUGUCACUGUCCCCAUUGUUGUUACACCGGACGGGAAUCAGCCCACAUCGCAGGAGCGCAGAGCAGCAAACAAGAGGAUGCUUAGGAAGUGUCUCGACGCCGGCGCGACGGAUGUUAUGACGAGCCCCAUGAACUCCAAGUGUGUCACCAACCUGGAGGUCCAUGCCUAUCGCGCCCAACGAGAUGCCGCCCGGGAUCAAAAAGCACUGGUUGAACUUCGCCAGGGCCGAAAGCGCUCAUGGGUCGGUAUCUAUGAGGAGAAGCCGUUCUCGUACUUGCGCGAGGCUAUGGUGUCGAAACUCAUGGGUCGGAUUUGCCGCACAGGGAGUGAGACGGAAGAUGUGGCUUCCAACAUAAGGUUGUCCAUCACUGCUGAGAAGCAGGCAGAAGUCACCUCGGCUGUGGGACAGUGGCACUUUUGCGCCCAUGACUUUACGGAAGACGAACUGGUCGUGGCCGCGUUGGUCAUGUUUAAACAUGCACUCUCCAUGCCUGAGUUAGAGCCUUGGCGGAUACCGACAGACCAACUACACCGCUUUCUUCUCGCGUGUCGGGCUGCCUACAAUACCUUUGUUCCGUAUCACAACUUCCGCCACGUGGUCGACGUCCUGCAGGCGACCUUCCACUUCCUCGUCAGCAUUGGCUCCCUACCGCCCUGCCCCUCAGCUAGUGGCUCGCAACCCGCUGCCCGCCUCAAGUCGCCAAUGGUUGAGUUGCUGCAGCCGUUUGAAGCCUUGACUCUGCUCAUCACGGCUAUUGGUCAUGAUGUUGGCCACCCCGGCGUCAACAACGGCUUUCUAGUCACCUUGAAUGCGCCUCUUGCCCAGCUGUACAACGACCGCUCGGUCCUCGAAUCGUUCCACUGUGCGGCUUUUUCGCAGAUCCUGCGAAGGUACUGGCCAUCCACUUUCGCUGACAGCAACUUGCGCCACCUUAUGAUCAGCUCGAUCUUAGCUACCGAUAUGGGUUUGCAUUUUGAGUACAUGAGGAAGAUGGGUGACCUUCAGGAGAAGCUUCGUGGUUCCGACAACCUUGAUAGCUGGAAAGACGCCACCAAGGUUGAGCACAAGGCGCUGACAUGCGCUCUUCUCAUCAAGUGCGCAGAUAUCAGCAAUGUUACGCGACGACAUGACGCAGCCCUUCAGUGGAUGCACAUCCUUUCUGAGGAGUUCUCCCGUCAAUCAACCAUGGAACGCGAGUUGGAAAUCAAGACUUCAUUGAUGUCGGAACCCAAGCAGGAUACGCUGUCAUUGACUACCGCGCAGCUCAAGUUUAUGAACUUGUUCGCCCUGCCGCUUUUCCAAGGCGUUGCCGAAAUCCUCCCUGCCAUGCAAUACUGUGUUGACGAACUUCUCUUGAACAAAGAAUUGUUUGAUAAAGUUCUGCGAGACGAGCAGCAGCGGCAGGCGCCGACGGAACCGGCUUCGCAAGCCGAAAGCCGUGAGCUGUCGCCUAAAUCGAUCAAUUUCACCGUUUCCCCGGACCCGGCAACGGAGGCGCAUCCCGCCAAGGGACCGACGGGAUCCCCCUCAAACACGGCGGGAGCUCAGGCUGCAACCCCGCACGAGGGUCCUUUCCACCAGCCGCAUUCAGACUCGAGGCGGCCCGCCAACGGACGAACGGUGAAUGGCAUUGUCACCAGCUUUUCUUCCACAACUGGUUAUGGCCAUAACGAAGGAUCCAGCGCGAAUGGUGCCAACCACCACCAUGGCCACAGCCGACAGCGGUGCAGCGAGGCGACAGACACAGGUUCGGCGCCAAACAGCGGUGAUUGGGCUUCUCAAGCGACGAGUGCAACCACAGGCCGGAUGCCGAUGUCUCCCAGCACGCAGGGGACCAGCAUCGUCAGUCGGGAUUCCUUUGAACGCCCACGUAGCUAUGGCACCAACAUGCCGGUCCCAAGCGUGGUAGACCCCGCCGGAUCGACGAGCACGGUCCCAGAAUCGGCCACUACGACAACGACUCGGAGUGAUACGGACCUGAAGCUGGACAAUUACCCACCGCCGCCGUUGGUCCUCGAUGACGAACACGAUGCUCUACGAAACGGCCACAACCCACACUUCACGAAUGGCCCGGGAGUGAAAAGGAACGGAAACACUGCUGCCGCCGGAUCCGGAGACUCAUCCACUCGGCAACUGAAGAAGAAGCCGAGCCGUUUCAGGAUCAAUGGUUUGCAAAGUCUAUUCAGGAAGCACAAGAGCUCAAGCCCGCCAAUGCAGGCGGCUGAUACCGCAGGGUAG